AGGGAAGAGAAUAAAGAGAAAUACCAAUCCAUGGCUAGAUUUAUUUCGACCGUGAUGUGAGAAGGAAGAAUCGCAACAACUGUAAAGCCCGGGAAUCCAUGGCAUAAGCGAAACGGACCUCAAACACACAAAUCAAAUGCACAGAAUUGGCUGCAAUGAGUCCGAAUCCAAUUUUUCAUUCCAUUCCAUCACAGUAAAAUUGACGCCACCAUCUCUGCUACCAAAUUGUCUCACUCAUAAAGGCUUUUCUCUGACCCAGUUGCCGGAAGUCGCGGUUACCGGUGAAAUGGAGGUGGAGAGUGAAAAAUCAGGGUCUGUUGGGAAGGUUUGGAGUUUUUGUAGAAAGCCAUUUUGGCAAACAACUCACACUCCAUCUUCUUCUUCAUCUUCCACAUCUUACAACAUGCACAAUGCUCACCAGAAUAAUCUUCAAUCUGUUGAUAGAUCCGGUCAGCAUUCUUCAACCACGGUCUCAUCAGUGGCAAAGUCUUUGCUCCCUACAAAGAGGAGGCUCCGUCUUGAUCCUACCAAUAAGCUUUACUUUCCAUAUGAACCUGGCAAGCAAGUUAGGAGUGCAAUCACAAUCGAAAACACUUGCAAGUCUCAUGUAGCUUUCAAGUUUCAAACAACAGCACCCAAGAGUUGUUAUAUGCGUCCUCCAGGUGGUGUUCUUGCCCCUGGUGAAAGUAUAAUUGCCACCGUAUUCAAGUUUGUGGAGCCACCAGAGAGCAAUGAGAAACCAAUUGAACAAAAAAGCAAGGUUAAGUUUAAAAUCAUGAGCCUAAAAGUGCAAGGUGAAAUCGAUUAUGUGCCUGAACUGUUUGAAGAGCAAAGAGAUCAAGUGGCAAUAGAGCAAAUUCUACGGGUUAUUUUUGUGGACCUUGAACGGCCUAGUCCUGUACUGGAUAAGCUGAAACGGAUGUUGGCUGAGGCUGAUGCUGCACUUGAAGUGCGAAAGAAACCACCGGAGGAGAAAGGUCCUCAAGUAGCCGGAGAAGGCCUUGUUAUAGAUGAAUGGAAAGAAAGAAGAGAAAGAUACUUGGCCCAACAGCAGGUCCAAGGUGUUGAUUCAGUGUAAAGUGUUUCUCUCCUCCUUUUCUUGGGUCAAGAAGCCCUUAAUGUUCUUUGAUUGUAUACUCUGAAAUUGAAUUCCAGACUCUCUGAUCUGAUAUGUCAUACGUGGUUGAAGCGCCUAGAAAAUUGCUAUAAAGCAAUAAUGAAAUCCUUUCUUUUUCUUUGUCAACAAUGUCUAUGUUGUCAUGUGCGAGUGAAUACUUAAUUUUACUUUUACAUCAUCUAUAAUUUUA